ACGGUAGGCUUUACGUCAUGUAGGGAGGGGACAGCGAACUGCGUGGUGAACUGAGCACGGUUUAAAAGUCUUCACUCUCCGAUUUGGAGUCAGAAUACAAAAUCUUCCAAAAGGAUUGGGUUUGCUGCUUUUCCACUGAUGUGCCUAUUGUUGACAACUUUUGUCUCCAUAGUCCGGAUUUAACGAUAUUUGGAAGAGUGAAGAGGAGAGGAUACACAACUUUUUAAUUUCACCAUAGUGUCUAUUUUGGUGUGUCCUAAAUAGCCUUAUUUUCCCUCUUUAUUACAUUGACUUGAAGCUAUAGAUAACCCAUCAACAGACAAUAAGUCAUCGGAGGCUUACACUUGGCAUUUUUCCACCCCACCACAUCUCCAUUCCCUUUCCCCUCAUUUCUUGCACUCACCCUGUAAACUCCGAAGACAAGACAUGGUGUGUCUGAAGAAAUAUUUCACAGAGGGCUUGAUCCAGGUAGCUAUCCUGCUCAGUCUGGUUAGCGUCAGAGUAGAUGUCGGCCCUUACCUGCCCCCCUGGAACGAGAUGAUCUUGGGCCCCACCUCGGCCCUCACCCAGACUCAGUUCCACAACCUCCACAACCAGCUGGAUGGCCAGGACCUCCACCCCAAGAGUGUAGACCUGGACGGCUUCUUCACAACCCGGAGGCUCCUGGGCUGGGUCCGCUCCCUGGACCGCCUCCGGGUGCCUAGCUCGGAGCUAGAAACCUGGCUUGUGCGGCGCGAGCCUGAUGCCCUGGUGGUGGGGGCUCCUGGUCAGCCAGCCCCCCUGGAGGGAGGGGCAGGUGGGUUGGAGGAUCAUGCGGGUGACCAGGUGGAGUCGGUCAUGAGGUCAAGCGUGGUGGCGGGGUCGCAGGAGUCGGGUUACGGGCCAAUCAGAGAGGACAGUUUGGACACCACGGCGCCGCUUCUAAGAAGAAGCCAUGAGGAGGAGGAUGAGGAUGAAGAUCUCUAUGAAGAGGAUACAGAUAUGCUUUGGCAGGAUCACUCUGAUCUUGGACGUCAUCAGAGGCCUGAGGAGGAGCUGGUGGGGGACACCUGGAGAGAAAUCUGGAGGGAUGGUGGACGCUCUUACGACCGUGCGAAUAGAGAACUCGCACAGGAUUUAUCUGAUCAGUUUGCCAGCUUGGAAGCUCAGUCCUCAAUGUCCUUCCAGGAAUGUCUACAGCUCUUGGAAGACACCUUCCCUUUUGGAGAGGAGACAGAGCUGUCAGACCCAGUUGGCGAAGAUCGGAGGGAAGCCGCCAGCGGAGAGGACCCAACCCCUGUCCGAGAGCUUCUUCUGUCCCCCCUGCUGUCCCACGAGGAUCUCUCUCUGGACUUGGAGCAGCAGUGGCGUGAUAUUCUCGCCACCAUGGAGCCAGAAAAGGAUAUGGAUAUGGACCAUGGCAGAGAUGCAAUGCAAUCUGGAUCUAUUCAGAGUUCCAGCUUGAUGGACCCCGUUCACCAGGAUGUCAGCCUUCAUCAGGCAAUCCUGCCCGGAAGCAGCCAGGAUAGUUACCCCUUCAACUCCAGCUUUGGGGGCAGUGUUCCCCUGGAGGCCCCACUCCAGCCAGCCCUGCUCAGUCAGUCCUCCAGCGGACCUGACUUUGACCUUAACUUGACCUUUGGCCCAUCUGACCUGACAGAUACCACUCUUCCUUUGGCACUCAAUGGCACAGUUGGCAACCCCAUGGCUUCCAUUCAGUCAAGCCUCUUUCUGGAGGAACCAGUCCUGCCUAGCCCACUCGGCUCCCUAUUGGAUGAUGCCUUGCUGGAUGAGAUUAGUUUCCUGGACCUGGCUCUGGAGGAAGGCUUCAACCCAACACAGGCCUCCCAACUUGAGGACGAGCUAGACUCGGACUCUGGACUUUCUCUGAACUUCAGCCACAGCCCUGCAUCCCCUAGCAGCUCGGAGGCAUCCUAUUCCUCUUCUUCAUCCUCUGACUCUUCUGUGUUUUCUGACGAAGGGGCUAUGGACUACAGCUCUGACAUGGAGGUUAUUGUGACGCGAGAGGAAGGUGCCGUGGGAGGCUACUCCCCAGAAGUCCGUAAGAUGUGCAGCACAAGCUACCAGAAGCCUGGGCGUUUCAACAACCUCCCUUGGCUGGAACAAGUGGGCCACGACCAUACCUACAACCAGCCAAGGGCCACCUCUCCCACGCAGGGAAAAUCACGUUACAGCAAAACCUAUGAGCAUGACAUUUCCGAUAAGCUUUGGGGCCGUGAUGAGCGCCGGGCUCUCGCCAUGAAAAUCCCCUUCUCCAACGAUCUCAUUGUCAACCUGCCCGUGGAGGAGUUCAACGAACUUCUGACCAAGCAUUGUCUCAGUGAGGCCCAGCUCAACCUGAUCCGAGACAUUCGCAGGCGGGGCAAAAACAAGAUGGCCGCUCAGAACUGCCGCCGACGCAAGCUCGAUGUCCUGUUUGAGCUCGAGGAGGGAGUAGAAGGAUUAUGCCGCCACAAGGCCCGUCUGUUGAAGCAAAAGGCAGAGAACCUUCGCUCUGUCCGGGAAAUGAAGCAGCGGCUCAGUGGUCUUUACCAGGAGGUUUUUUCCCGUCUGCGGGAUGAGCAAGGAAGACCCUUGCCUGCCACUGACUACACCCUCCAAUUUGGAAAUGAUGGACAGGUCCUACUUGCUACACGGAACAGUUCAGCCAGUGAGCAAAACCGCAAGCCCCACAAGAAACAGAAGAACAGAAAAAAGUGAACAUUUGUUGGGUGUGCAGUUUGGUGUAGCACUCAAGGAGUCGCUUGACAAGGGGAUGGCUGUAAAGAGUCAAGAAUUUCUCACAAUAAGAGGGAACUGAAAAGGAAAGAUGUAAGAGGAAACCUAAAUCAGUUUAAUAUGCUCUGAUAGUUUAUUUGCUGGAAAGGACAUGUAGCACAAAUAUGAUCAUGCAAGAAUCUUGUGAGCAUCUUGGAAAAACCUGUCUCAGGAGCAACAUAACUGUUGGGAGGACCAUGUCAGCCUUCCAAAUAAAUACAGUACAUAAAACACUAAGGUGACAAGGAGGAAGGGCUAGCCUACGGCCUUCAGCCAA